GGUUAGGUCAGCCUAACCUAACAUAUCAUAUUUAUUCAUUACUAACGUAUUGCCAGGAAGCUUUGUGAAGCUUGUGUAGCUUGUGGUAAUUAGACGGACCCACCUGGUUGGUUUAUGCCUCUUGCAGGAAACUCUAAUUUUUUCUUGAAGUCCACUUUUGUUCCAACAGGGUUAAUUGUCCUAGUAAUUGGCUUGCAUUUCUUUUGCCCCACCAGAGAUUGAUACCUGCCACCUGCUGUGAGGGGCUCCUUCAGUACAGGUUGACUACACUUGGGUUGCCUCGCCCCUGGGCACUACAUGGCACUUUUCCAUUGUUAGGCCUGUUGAUCGGGAGUACUGAAUAUAUACGCUGUGUACACUUGUACUGCCAUUGUGCUUUACCUCCUGCUUGUGUGGGUUGAGAAUUAGCACUUUUGCUGAGGUUGUGCUUCGGUCAUAUAUGUAAAUGUUCUUAUCCACAAUUUUUCAUGCCUUUCCUUUUAAGAGAAUCAUGGUUGGGGUUUGAUGGUUGCUUGGUCAAGACAUGUCAUGUCCAGCGUGCAUGACAGUACAGCAUGGGUAGCUGGUGUCCCUCGUCUGUAUUUUAUAUGUUUCAUUUGUGUUCUCUAUCAGGUUGUUAUGCUUUCCUCUAAUUCUGCAUCUGACACUUCAGUUUUAGUGAAUGUGAUUUAAUAUUUUUGAAUGCCAUUGGCCAUUCUUGUUGCCUCUUUUAUUCAUCCUGAUGCAGUAGACCUUUCACCCUAGGGUAUGUUAAUGUCUAUUGGUGCUGGACCUCUGUUACGUUCUAACCAUAGUCGACCAAUUUUGUUUGACUGUGCUUUAUGGAAUAGCUUAUUGCAACUCCCCAUCUGCAGCGGGUGAUAUUGCCGCCGAUCCCAAGCUACUUUUACUAGGAUGUUUAUGCAGUCUUAUCUUGGACACUUGUGCCUAAUUUAACUCCAGAUUCCUCUUCUGCUUCUGCUUUGGCCAUCUAGUGGCCAGUUCAUCCAGCCAAACUAAGCAUCAAGUAUAUACCAAAGGAUCUGUCUGAUAGGCAACCGACUCGUUCAUUUGCUAUCACAAGUCAAGUGUGGCCCAGGCUGGGCUUGGGGAGUAGAACCCCUCCCCCCCUCCAAAAAAACAGCCCAGGUAUGCUCCAGAAAAGGAGCCAGCUGCAAAUGAAAAGAAUGGUGUACAGAUGGAAAUAGAGAGAUUGCUUUACAAUCAAGUGCUUCAUGUAUUUUGUGGCUUCCCUGCCCUAUUUUCUAUGCUUUGUUUACCUUGUUAUUGUAUAUUUUGUUUACUUUUACCAUGCAUAUUCUGGUUUGCCCAUUUUUUCUGGUGGACUUUUCAUGGUUUUCUUCUUGAUGGUACGGACCAUAUGUGAUUGUUUUUCAUUAGGGUGAUUUAUGCUCACCUGCUCCUUGUGCAUCUUUAGAGGGGGUCAGGUUUUGUCCUUUGAUCCUUAGUAAGCUUAUAUUACCUGCAAAGUCCUGGCAUGGAUUAAAUUGGGUGGAGCCUGCCAGGCAGCAAGGACCCACCAGAAACAGACAUUUCUGUACUGGUCUCUUAAUGUCAAAUGUGAUAUAUUAUUUCAACUUGUCCUCUUGAGUUGUCACGUCACAAAAACGAUGUACUAAAUUGCCUGAACCUAAUGUAACCUAACCAAUGGAUCCAUGAAUAGAAAACGUAACAGCCCAUCAAUUUAGCGAGCCGCUGUCAUUUAUAAUGCAUCAUAUUUUGAUGUUGAGGAUUUUGACAUAAAAAUAUGAUGUAUUAUUUGAGAGGACUGAAUAAAUAUUUGUAUUUGUAUAGGAUGGGUUGAUUAUUUUAUGUCAUUGAUUAUUAAGGAAUGGAAUUUUUCAAUUUCUUCUUUCUUAAUUUCUUCUCUAAAUUAAUUAAUAUUUACCAGCUUAUAUUGCUUCUUUCAGAACCAUUCUGGGUAAGCAGAUGAUGAGUCAAAAUUAUGUUUCUGAAGAUAUGAUGACUAAACCACACAUCAUAAGAUGAAGAAACGACGACAUUUCUUCAUCUUCUGGUGUGUGAUUUGGUCAUCAUUCUGGGUAACAAGCUGUAUUGUGUAUUUUCAACAUUGUUGGUAUCCAGAAAUCUUGGGUUUAGCAGUUCAGUGCCAGUUAGUUACCUGCAGACACAAACUACUACUUUCAGAAUUGUUUCCUCAUGUCAGAACAACAAAAUAAAUCUACUACAGCUUCUGAAGUGGACAGUGAUGUACUUAAUCCUGAGCCUCGUGGGAAAAUUGAAGAAUGCUUCCUCAAAUUGUCUUUGGCAGAAAAUGAUUACCACCUGAGCAAACAAGUUCCUAUCCUUGACGAUGUUCCAACCCCAUUGGACUUGUAUCGAGAUUGGGUAGCUCCUAAUAGACCAGUUAUAUUUCGAGGAGCUGUCAGAGAAUGGCCAGCCAUCAAAAAGUGGUCUUUUAAGUACCUUAGAGAAAAAGUUGGCAACAAGGAGGUGAGUGUGGCUGUCACUCCAAACGGAUAUGCUGAUGCACCAUGCAGUGGUUAUUUUGUCAUGCCAGAAGAGCGCUCCAUGAAGUUUGGCAAUUUUCUGAAUAUAAUGGAAAAUCCCAGUAUCCAACCAGGGGUAUUUUAUGUGCAGAAACAAAACUCCAACUUUACUAUGGAGUUUCCAGAAAUUAUUUGUGAUGCAGCCCCUGAUAUUCCAUGGUUUACUGAAGCUCUUGGACGCAAUCCUGAUGCAGUUAAUUUUUGGAUGGGUGACCAGCGGGCCGUUUCAUCAAUGCACAAAGACCACUAUGAAAAUAUUUACUGCGUGAUAUCAGGUUACAAGGACUUCAUCCUCCUCCCACCUACGGACUUACCAUGGAUUCCCUACAAAAGCUAUCCAGCAGCCAGUUAUAAGGAAGUCACUGCUGGAAACUUUGAUAUCCAAGAGAACACAAACACGGGAUCUGUGCCCUGGAUUUGUAUUGAUCCUCUGAAACCAGACCUAAAAAAAUAUCCACAGUAUAGACUUGCCAGUCCUGUACAUUGUAGAGUACAAGCUGGAGAUGCCCUUUAUCUCCCCUCACUUUGGUAUCAUCAUGUUCGACAGUCCCAUGCUUGUAUUGCUGUUAAUUAUUGGUAUGAUAUGGAAUUUGAUAUUAAAUAUAACUACUAUAAAUUAGUUCAGAAUCUUUCAUGGGUGACAGAGCCUGAAUAAAAAUGCAUUUUUUCAAAUUUACAUUUAUUUGAAAAACUUUAGAUAAUGCCAAAAACCUAUCAUUGAAUGUAAUGAAACGCUUCUUUCUGGACGAACCCCGGUGGCUGAAGCUAUCUUGUUGAAAUUGCUCCGUGCAAUUGGGUUACAUCAUAUGCAGGAUUUCAGUUUGGCCUACCAGGGACCAGAGCCAAAACAUGGCCUUCCCCCUCACAGAAGCACAGAGCAAGUGACAAUUUGUCACCACACAGGGAAAGCAUCCAGACAGUCAGUAAAGUUCUACAGAUAACUGAAGGGUUAACAAACACCAGAGCCUUGAAAAGGCCAAACAACUCUGCAAAUGAUUCACACUAAGAAGUGAAACAUUCAAGUAAUAGUUAUCAAAGAAGGCAUCACGUCGGGAAGACUAUGUAACACCACCUGUGUUGCAAGAUAUUCAGAAGGUGCUAAAUAUCACUAAAUAAGCCAAUAUGAGAACAGGAGAACAUAAAGCAAACAAUAUUAAAGGUAUCGGACUCACUAAGGAUGCUUUAUAACAAGACACAACCGAUCCCUAGAGACUUUAGGAAAGCAAGACACCCAAAUGUCCCAAAAAUCAUGGCAAUCUAUAUGGAAGUGUACAACUGUAAGUGGGGACAAUGCAGUUUGGGCCUAUUUGACUCAUGGUUAUUAAGUGAUGACUCAUGUAAUUGAGUGGCCAUGAGUCAAGUAGGCAUGAUCAAUACGUAACCUAUCCAAAACCGUUUCCCAUCACUUAUUACAGUGGCAGGAGGAAGGCCAAGGGGAAAUGGCAUAUUUAAGAGCACAUAGUUUAUUAUCUGUACAGUAAUGCCAAUCCAAUGGUAGAAGACUGCAUUAUGAAUGACUGGGUAGAAAUCCAAAGAGGGUAUCCCUUUCUAUACUUCCAGAGGCUUUAGGGCACUGCGAGAGUCAACCACAAUGACAAAGGAGCAUUGAUGUGGGGAAACAGCUGAUGAACAUACAAAAUAGCAUAAAAUUCUGCCAUGAAGAUGCUAGUCUUCAAAGGUAGAUAGCACAUAUAGGUCCAAUCAGGGAAAAAACAACUUAGUAGCUGACACGGUGGGCAAACUUAGACCCAUCACUGAACAGAGCAAUGAAGUUAGAGCGAGAGGAAAAAUGUUGUAGGAAAAGGUUUUCAAUACAGUAGCAAAGCAUAACCCGCCAAACAAAUGUCGAAAAAUUGCUAGAACGUUUAAACAGGUUGUAACAACUAUCUAACACAAAACUUUAUAACAAGAUAUAACAUCUUAGUAACAAGUUGUAAUCAGGUAAUAAUAGGGACCGUUACAGUGCAUGUUUGCAGAGAAGCCUGCUCCAUAUAGACUAGGGACCUUCACUGUCAGGUCAAGGACUUUGCCCCCUCCAUGAGGGCAAAACAGGAACAUAAGAGGUAUUGUUAAUGCAAACUGAAAGAAAGGCCUGUAAAUGAGCCACCCUAGCAGGAAGAGAAACGCAGUGUGAGGGAGCAGCGCCCUCCUAAAGAGCAGUGUUUCAGCCUACAAGCUCUGGGCAGGGGAUGACCAAAAGGCAACAGAGCUAAGGUAUAGCUUGGUAUGAUGCAGAACAUCAUAUGUACUGUAUAUGAUGGCAAAGGGUCGAUGGAGAGACAAGGAAUAGGCAGGGUUUAUCUUGAGAUGAUUUGAUGAUUUUAUCUUGAGAUGAUUUCGGGGCUUUAGUGUUCCCGCGGCCCAGUCCUCGACCAGGCCUCCACCCCCAGGAAGCAGCCCGUGACAGCUGACUAACUCC